AAAUCACAGGAGCUCACAGCAGGUGUGAACUGUUGCGCCCCUCAGCGUCCAGCGAGCUGCAGGUAAUUCACAGAUAAGGACAAAGGGCCAAGGAGGCUGAUGAAGAAGGGAUUAACUCUCAUCCUGGUCGGCCACAUUAACUUCAUCCUCGGAGCCAUUGUCCAUGGCAAUGUCCUCCGCCACAUUUCCAAACCCAGUCAGCAAAUCUCUACUGAAUACACUGUAGCCAACAUCGUCUCUGUCACCUCUGGCCUGCUGAGCAUUACCAGUGGAAUUAUUGCCAUUGUGGUGUCAAGAAACAUCCAUGUGAUAAAGCUGCAAAUAGGACUUAUGAUUGUGUCAUUCCUGAACGCCCUGCUCUCAGCAGCGUGCUGCACAGGUCUCCUCCUUGCAAUUGGUAUCACUGUUGCCCACGGUGGUCAAGGUUUGAUGCUGGGGUGUAACGACACACAGGUGCCCAUCAACGCUCGGUCACCAGUCAGUGCCCAGUGCCCUUUUGACACAACACGAAUUUAUGACACCACCCUGGCAUUGUGGGUUCCGUGUGCUGUCCUGUCAGCGGUUGAGUUCGGACUGUCUCUCUGGUGCUUCAUCGUUGGACUGGCUCUCAGGGGGCUGGCACCCUGUGGGAACAGCUACAUCAAAGAGCAGUUGGAGGAAGAGGCUGAGUGCUCUCCACACAGCCAACGUCUGAUUGGACAGCGCCUCAACCCUGAUGCCUAACUGAACAAAAACCAUGCAGGAAGGAUAUAACUCCAUGAAGGCAAGCACAGCCAUAACCCAAACGCCAUCAUUGCACUGAUAUUAAGACUAGUGCAGUUUGCCCUGCAUUCAGCUGGGUGAGUGUCACUGUGGAGCAGCGGUGGAAUCAGUCUGGAUCUUGCUUUGUGGUGUCAUGAAGCUUCACCCUGAUUCCCAGGUGGUUAAGUACGACCAUAUAUAUAAACCAAACUGUUUACCUUCUAUGUACAGCUGUGAGAAGGCAGCCGAUUUCAUCCAUAUGUACCUGAUGAAACUUAAUGAAUGAAAGUUAUAAAUAAAUUUACAGUUCCACAUAAAAAACCCACAUCUGUAUGUUUAGCAGGUGCAUUCCAAAGUGUAGAUUCAGUGUAGAAGCUACAGUAUCAAUAAUCAAUAAUCUUUCCAGUCUUAUCAGUAUCCCACCUUGGCUGUUUUGCACUACCAGGUAUGUUAAGCCAAGCAUGUCUUUUUAUACGAAGCAUAAAAUAUAUAUUAGAUAUAUUAUAUAAUACUAUUAAUAUAAUAUUAUAGUCUGUAAGCUUUGUUCAUGAAGAAAGUCCAAUUUCAUUUUUGCAAAAGUAUUAAUAUUUAAGCUGAGUUCAGGAUUAUUUCAGUUUGUAUUAACUAAUUUUCACAUUGCAGCAAAAUCUCUUAUCUUUUGUUUUUAAGUGUGUGUAUUAUAUUUUAACUGUUUUACCCAGAUUAUAUAUUUUCUUUUACCUGAGCUAUAACAAUACUCUUCAACGUUUGUCUAAAUAUAUUCACAAAUAACAAAUUUACAUGGCCCUAGGAGAGUGCAUACCAAUGCCAAGGAGGCCCAACAGUCCCUUUAUGAAACCACUUUUAAAUUCACUAGAUGCUGAUUUUUAUUUGGAUCAGCACCAAAUUGCACACACUCAUUAAUAUUACUCCCCUUAACCUGUCUGAUUAUUUACAUCAAGAAUCGUUCAUUAUUUUUCUGAGAGAUCAACAAACAUUUUUGAAAUCUUAUGUUGAAGAAAGUGAAGAAAAAUCCCUGGAUCUUCCUUCCUGUCUGGAUCUGCACCAAAAUUGCAUUACUUUCUUCUUGACCCAUAUUGCAUAGUCCCACUUACUUACGUGGUGAUCCGUCCAGUAGACUUGCGUAGUUUUGCUAACACACAGACAGAUAGACAAACAAAUGCAGAGGAACACAUAACCUCUUCAGUGGAGCUGACUGUUAUGUUAAGUUAUGUCAUGUAAAGUGUGUGAUGCAUUAAAAUACCAAAUUAUCUUUAAUACAGCUUUUAUCUUCAAACUGAAUUAAACAGGCUUUUAGUUUAUAUUAUUAGACAAAUCCAGUUUUCAGAAAUGUUCAUUAGCAUCCACUGUGGCUGAUGAACAUAUCACAGACACAGCCACUGUACUACAUUUCAUGUUUGUUUGUUUUUUUGUACUUUUUCAUUCUUAACUUUUAUCUGAAAACAUUAUUUGUGAGCUUGGUGCUAGAAUUAUUACAUUUCACCAUUUUUUUAAACAAUAUGUUAGGGUUUCUAAUCCACAGGGGCAUGAAGCAAAAUGUUAAAAAUGUAAAUGUUUUAUUUUGUAGGUGCUAACUCAACUAAGACACAUGCAGUGAUCAAGUGAUCAAACAAUUGAGAACUAUGGUCAGAAUUUGCAAAUACAGACCCCAGAGUCACCAUAGGUCUCAUCACAGACAGUUGAGAUUGUUAAAAAGCAGUGUGGUGGGGGUAUUAAGAGGAUGUUCUUAAAAAGAUCAAAACUGCAGCUUAGAUGUUUAUGGACUGAGCGCCUCUGUACAUUAUACAUUGUGGGUUUAAUGUCAAGUAGGGUCAUAUUAAGAGGUUUUACCAGUAUGUGGGCCAGCAGCCCUAGCCCCCCCCCCACAACCCAACUACAGAGAGGAUCAGAUCAGAUCAGCCAUGAAACAGUUAAUCUAGUGCCGUGCUCAAUCGUGUGGAAGGGAAUCAUAGCACGCAGCACUAAUCCUGAGGCUGUAAGGGAUAAAUAUUGACAUAGUGUCGUGUGAUAUCAUCACAACAUGUCUGUGUGGCUGUUUCAUCCGGCAUGACUGUGAUGUCACUCUUAAAAAUAAUAAUUCUAUUUGAAGUCACAGGAUGAAUAUAAGGUAAGAUGCGUCUUAGGACAUUUCAAAGUUAUUGUUAUAUCAGGAGGAAUGAAGUGAUUUCAACUAAGUAAUUUGACAUAAUAUUCAAUGAAGGUCCGUUUUUAUCAUUUUGGUAUUAAGUGCAUUUUCAUUUUGCUCUUGGACGAUGUAGUGAAAUAAUAGAUGUCCCUUAGCUAAGCUUAAUAGAAUGUAAUUGAUUUAUAAAUGAACCAUAAUUCUUUUUUUUCUUAAAAAAUGAUCAAACGAUUUAUCAAAUCAUUUAUUUAGAAAAUGGUUUUCAUUAUUACAUACACUAUCCCUGAGAUUGUGUUAUUUUCUUGAAAUAAAGGUAAUGAAGAUUGAACCCUUUCCCU